AGUCAGAGGACGUUUGCUGUGAUAGUACCAUUUGGAGUCUGAGAUUAACCGCCUUAAAUUUCAAUCGAAUUGAUUGGCAGUCGGUGUGAUCGAAUCGCUGUUUCCCGAUUUCUGUGUUUUCGAACAGUUGUCAAAUAAAUAAAUUAAGCGCGGUCUUCAUGAACGCGGACACACGGACGAACUAGAUCAAUGAAUGAAUAGUAUUGUGAACGAACGAGUGUGCAGGCAAAUCGAUCGUAACAGAACAGUACGGGGUAACAGCUGUUACGGAGGAAAUACAAAUGCGCGUCCCUGCCAUAUUUUGGCAAAUUAGCGAGUAAAACAACGAUCAAUCACGGUCGACAGCUCGAAUAUCAAAAGGGAGAUUUACGCAAAAAGCCGUGCGCAAUGAAAUCGGUCACUUCUGUUGCUGAUACGAAUUUCCAAGGCAUAGGGCGUGACAUGAUGGCGCAGCAGCUCGGUUUGGGCCCGGAGAUUAAAGAACUGAAGUUGGGCCCUACAUUUACCAAUAACAGAUCAACGGCUUUUCACACUUUGAAAUAUGAUUUCAAACCAGCGAGCGUUGAUGUUUCCAAAAUAGCAAAGGUAGACGUUGGAGUAAACAACAUGAUGACAGUUACCGUGCCACAUUUAGAUGGCGCCGGGAUCCCUCAUACGGUAUUCAAAGGCUCUCAAAGACCUUAUCACAAGGAAUGUGUCUUGAUAAUCGACAGGGUGACAGGGGAAAUUACAUUGGAGAAGUUGUCGGCGAAUAUUCAAGUAAAGAAGACCCGAACAGAACCAAAGUCACAGGUGCACUUGGGAAUUUCUGGAGCAAAUAGUAACAGUAGGCCCAUAACUCCUGUAGAAAUGAAGAGAAGUCCCACUCACGGUAGGGCAACUGGAAGAACAAAAGUGACAAGUGGGAAAAGGAGAGAACCCACUGCCCAACUACAUCCGAAACAGUGUAGUCCCCUUAGAGUAUCGCCAUAUGGCAAAAGUCCUCCUGUCACUUCAACUAAUAGUUCACCAGUGCAACAGCCAUCAGUGGCAUCGUCAACUCUGGCUAGUUUGCCAAUGAUUAGUUCUGAUAUUGAUGAUUGUCCUUUAACAUCGUCUGGAUCAUUACCGACUACCAAUUCUUCUGCGCCUGUAAAGUCAUUUUCCGUAACUAAUACUCAAUCAGCUGUUAAAUCUUCUGUAACUGCGGACAGUGAUGGAGGUGCUCUUAGUGAUUCUACUUCAAGUAGCUCAAGUUCAGAUAGUUCAGACAGUGAUUCAGAUACUGAAAAUGUUCCAGUUUUAACGGGGGCUAAUGGAAAUAACAGUAAAAAUCCAUCGCCUCUAAUGCCAGAUAAUCUUCUAAAUGAUGAUUUACAAUUAUCAGAAUCAGAAUCUGAUAGUGAUUAAUGGAACAAUGAAAGAUGUUUUAAAUAUCUGCCAAGAAAUUCUCUAUUUUUCCAACAUUUUAUUUCCUAUUACUGUAUAUUGAAGAAAUAGAACAAUUCAAUUGUAUUCCAUAUUACACA